GCAGGUCAGAGAGGCCGGGCUACGCCGUGCCCUGCGCUUGAGCAGCUGCAGCGGCGGCCUCCAGCGGCGGUGUCUGCAGUUCCAGCCCGUUGCUUUACUUUUUAGCUGCACGAACGUAGUCAUGCCGAAGAGAAAGUCUCCGGAGAAUACAGAGGGCAAGGAUGGAUCCAAAGUAACUAAACAGGAGCCCACCAGACGGUCUGCCAGAUUGUCAGCGAAACCUGCUCCACCCAAAACUGAACCUAAACCAAGAAAAACACCUGCUAAGAAAGAACCGGGAACAAAGAUUAACAAAGGUGCUAAAGGGAAGAAGGAGGAAAAGCAAGAAGCUGAAAAGGAAGGCACAGAAAACUGAAUCUGUAGAUAAUAAGGGAGAAUGAAUUGUCGUGAGAAAUUGGGGUUGAUUUUAUGUACCUCUCGGGGCAACUUUUAAAAGCUAUUUUUACCGAGUAUUUUGUAAAUGCUAAUUUUUUAGGAUUCUGCUAGUUGGCAUACAAAAAUAUAUAAGGACGGACAUUUUAUCUUCUCAUGGUUGUGCUUUUUGGAAAUUUCCAUCAUCCUCAAGUGAAAUAAAUAUCAGUUUGAUAUUGGAAA